AUGUGUUUUCAAAGAGCACCUCAAUUACGUGAUGAUGGUCUUCGAAGUCAUGUACGAUCUAUGUCAAUGGUUCAAGAUCUUCAUCCGCACAUUUUUGCUCAACGUUUUCAAUUAGCAAAAAAAGAAGCAUUACAAGUGCUUGACAAACUUAAAAUACCGAUAAAAGCUGAUCGUGAAACAUUGAUUAAAAUAGCUCGUACUUGUUUACGUAGAAAAUUAUCAAUUGAAAAUGUUGAUAUUCUCACUGAUGUUUGUAUUUAUCUCUUUUUUUUUCAUAAUAGAGAUAUUCUCUUUUAA